GAAAUAAAUUAUAAAAAUAUGAACAAUGAAUAAAGAAUAAAAGUUAGUGUUUACAGUUAUAAUCCAGAUGAUUUGCUUGGUUAAGGAUACAAAAGCCAAGUGUUCAAAGGAAGAAAUGAUAUGAAUGGAGAGAUCGUUGCAAUAAAAGUAUAAUAUUAUGAAUAAAAUAAGGUUCGGGAUCACUAGAAUAUGCAUGAGAUAGAAAGACAAUUAUUAUAGUAGGAAAUAAUAGCCUUACAAAUAUUAGAUUCAAUCAACAUUAUUAAAAUGCAUUUUUAUUGUUAAAAUAGCAAUUGCACUUAUAUUAUAACAGAAUAUUGCAAUUAAGGUAAUAGUUAUUUUAAUGGUUAAAGGUGAUUUAGCGGAUCUAAUAAUAAAAAAAGGUUUUAUUCCUGAAAACGAAGCAGUCUUAAUCUUUUUUUAGAUUUUGACAGGAUUUAAAGAGCAAAUCUAAAAAGGAAUAAUACAUAGAGAUUUAAAACCAUAAAAUAUUUUAAUAAAUAAAGGGAUUUUCAAGAUAGCAGAUUAUGGAUUCUCAAAUAUGAUAAAAUCUCAAAAAGAAAAAGUGUAUUAUAAUGUAGGAACUACUCUUUAUAUGCCACCUUAAGCUUUGACUGAGAAUAAAUAUUCAGAGAAGAGUGAUGUUUGGAGUUUAGGAGUAAUGUUUUAUUAAAUACUAAAUGGUAAUAUUUAUAUUUGAUAAUUUUAGGAAAGGUACCUUGGUAAGCAGGUACAGAGUAAGAAUUUGUAAAAGUAAUUACAACUACUCCUAUAUAAUUCUCCAAAAAUAUAAAGAUUUCAGCAACUGCAAAAGAUCUCAUUUUAAAAUGUUUAUAAUUAGAUGAAAGUAAAAGGUGUAAUUGUAAUGAAUUGUUGGAACAUGAUUUAUUUAGAUGUUUUUAAAUUAGACCAUCUAGAAAAUCAGCUUAAUUUUAAAUAAAUAAUACACAAUUCUAAAAUUUAGAAAAUAGAGCUAAAACUAGUUAUUCUUAAUAACGCCCACAUCUUUCUGUCUAAGGACUUUAAAGUAGUAAAAAUCUAAAGGAAAAAGUAUAAGAAUUUUUAAAUUAUGGAGAUGCUGUUUAAAAUAUCUUAAACUUACUUAAAUUGAUAUUGAGAAUUGCUAAAAUAGUAGAUCAUUUUGAUUUUUUUAUUGAGGGAGGAUUGAAAGAAAAACUAUUGUAUUUUACAAUCAAACAUGCUAUUUUUAAAUCUAAGAAACUUAUGGAAAUUUUAAAUAAAAAUCAUUCUACUAUUGAUUAAACUAAGAAAAAUGAAUUAACUAAUCAAAGCAUUAAUAUGUAUGAAACAUUUAGAACUUCUUUUAACAAAUUAGUAAAUGUUUAUAAUAUUUUAUUUAGUGGAACAGCAUUUAUAAAGAUGAAGCAUUAUUAAAUUAAAUACUCAAUGAUAAAAAGUUUGCAGCAGCAUUUGACUAAAGUGAAUUAGAAGUUUAAAGUCAUUAUAUUCUAAUGCUUCCUUUAUUAAGAAAUUCAAUUUCUUUGUUAUAAAAUUAAUUGAAUCUAAAAUUAAUUAAUGUCAGAGAAUAAGAUUAAUUAGAUGGAGUAGAAGAAGGUGCAAUACUUCUUUUAACCUAUUUGGUUGUUUAUUUAGAAAUAUGUAUGUACAUAGUCUCAAAUUAUGAAACUUCAAUAUUCUAUUUGAAUCAAUUCAAACUGAAAUUAGUGGUUGAAGAAAAACCUACUAAUCUUACCAAACGAUAAUUCCUCUAGAUUUGCUAAAAAAUUAAUUCAUUGCGGCUAAAUUAUGUUCAAUGAUCUAUAUUUUUCCUUAAUAUACU